AUGUUCUCAUGGACCAGAAAACAGCAGCUUCCUUCCCAUAUUGAAGGCACGCAAGGACUUUACGUCAGACGAGCCAGUCCACCUCGAGUACCUUCGCUUUCCUCACAUACUCGUACGCUGGCAAAAAAAUCUUCAAUCGCUGUUGAUGUGUCGACGUCGAAUAACACCGGAUGCGCUCAGGAUUCGUCCACAACAUCUCAACCCUCACAUUCCGAAUUACGUGCGAAUAAGGGUGAGCCAGUAACGUUGUAUGCAGAUGGACCAACCGUGAGACCACACUCGGACUCAGCCCUAAGUGUGACUUCCACAACCUCACUACCACCAUCGCAUGGUCAUCUGAUGGUGAAUCAUAUCGACAGUACAGAAGAGCGAAGAAGCCCGAUGGGAAAUUUGUCCUCACAAAGUUUUAGUGAUCCAAGUAGGCGAGAGUAUCUUCGAAAGCCGUUGACAUCUUCACACAGCAUCGGAAACGUCGAAUCCUUUAUGGACCACUUAAGCGCUCAGUCGUCUACAGCAGUGCAGCAGCGAUUUGUUUCGUUACAAAGUCUUCCUGGUCAACGGAGGCAAUUGGGAUCCUCAAUUAUUGGAGAUAACUGCUUAGUGUCUGGUACACCACAACAAGAUGAAUUACCGCUUCCACCAAAUUGGGCUGUAGAAGUGACACCAGAUGGGUACAGGUACUAUGUUGAUCAUAACACCUGCAGAACCCAUUGGAUUCAUCCAUUAGCCAGAGAAAACCUACCUCCUGGUUGGAAUAAAAUUUUUCAACACAAUACUGGAGUUAUUUAUUAUAAUGAAAUGGAUGGUCGGUCACAAGUAGAGCAUCCUGGACUUGCGCAGCCGGUAAAUCAGUCCGUUAAUCAACCAAUCGUGCCGAUUAAUCGGACGGAAUCCAUGAUGGUGGCAAGUCAUCGUGCCGAAAGUGCUGUCGAACAUCUCAACAUCAUACACCAUGAAGAGGUUCCAGAAUGGCUCAUGAUCUACUCCCAGGCUGAUACAUCACUCGAUCAUCUUCUGGAGUGGGAUUUGUUCAAUACUAUGCAGUUGGAACAAUAUGAGGAAAUGAUGCUGAAAUUGUACAAGCAAGAAGUUAUUGACACAGUUCGAAGAUAUGAGCGAAUGCGAGCGGUGCUUAACCUAGAAAUUGUUCGGCGAACCCAACCACAUCCACGUAAUGAAUGA